GCCAGCGGGGCAGUCGGGAGGGGGGAUAAUCGCGCUUGGGCUCGGUCCAAAGCAACUACGCCUAGUGUCAGGACACAUUCAGACGACUCUUUCAGAAUGUUUGCUGCAGAACUUCUUGUAUUCAGCUCUGUUCUCUCAGCUGCUUGGUGUCAGUCGGUCUUUAACGUAUCAUACCCCAAAACCCUGAACAGCACCAGUGGCUCCUGCCUUCUGAUUCCUUGCCUAUUCAGCAUUUCAAAGGAGAAAGAAAACAUUCUUGACAAUUCAUCAGUAGUGACAUGGAGACGAGGAUCUCUGUGGUCACUCUACGAUACAGAUAAUUUCACCAACGUUCACCGUCAGAUGGAACCUGCGAUGGAAGUGGUGGGUGACCUACAAAAGAAGAACUGCACUUCUGUCAUGAGGAACCUCACCAGCCAGCAUUCAGAUCGUUACUACUUAAAGUUACAAACUAAGGGCUUUAGUGUCACUGAAACAAAAGCUGUGCGCAUUCAUGUGUCAGAUUCCUUGGCUGAGCCGAAUGUGAAUGUGCCGGAGCUCAAGGAGGGUGAGGAGGUGAAUCUGACCUGCAUUGUUCCAGCUCCCUGCCCCAGUCACCCUCCAAAUGUAACAUGGGUUCCUGCAUUAGGUGCUGACGUUACACAGAGGACCCAGCUGAACGCUGAUGGGACUCACAGUGUUUCUGCCAUCUUGAAAUUCGUCCCAUCUUUCCACCAUCAUGAGCUUAAAGUGAACUGUGUUUCCAUCUAUCCUCUACACAGAGAGGACAAACCCCUGCUAAGCCACAAAACCAUCAUCCUCAAUGUGGAGUAUGCGCCUAAGAAAACGUGGAUCUCUCUCACAAGCUCUGUCUGGCUGGGUAAUAAUGUGACCCUCACCUGUCAAAGUAAUGCCAACCCUCCAGCGACCUACAGGUGGUUUACGAAGAGAGCAGGUGUAGAGGAAGAAGUGGCCGUGUCACAUGUGCUUUCCUUCACUGCGGCCCAUGAGAACACUGGGGAAUACAUUUGUGAAGCACAGAAUCCACAGGGUGCAAUGAACUCCACAAACCUACAGAUCACUGUCCCAGGCAUAUCCUUUAGUGCUUUCCUCUCAAUAAUGGCAGCUUUAUCAUUGCUCAUAUGUGCACUUCUUGCACUUAUUACUCUUAUGAUUUACCGAAGGUAUAAAUGCUGGUCUAAAGAACUGAUCAGAAGUGAAACAAGCCAAGACCAGAAAAUUUAUGCCAAUGCGUCUGCAGCGAAAAACCAGCAGCUUGAAUCAAAGCCAUGUGACGAUAGGGACACCUACAGCAUUAACCCUGAAUGCACAUUCAAAGAGGAUUUCCCCGACGAAAGCAUCUAUGCAAACUGUUGAAGUGAAAAGUAUCCUGGUUUUAACAACCAUUCAUUGAUCAGCACUGAACGAAUUAGUCUCUGCAUGUCGAUAGUGAUCAUUUAAAUAAGUAUCAGGACAAUUCCCAACAUCUUAACACUGAAUUUACAGUGAACUACCUGUCUUUAUUAUCUUUAUUUUUUAUUUUUAUGUGAUACAAUUCCCUUCAUGUAAUUAAGGGAACUUUAAGAACCAGUUCUCACUAUUAACUUACGAUUUUUGCCUUAGUAAACUCCUAAUAAUUAUUAAUAGUUAGUAAGGUGGUUGUUAAGUUGUUAUGGUGUGGGGUAGGGUUAAGGGAUCUAAAAUAUGAUCAUUAAGGCAUUAGUAUGUGCUUUAUAAUUACUAAUAAACAGCCAA